GAGAACCAACUGUAGUGAGUAGGCUCUGACUCAUUUUCUGGCACUGUUGGGUUGGAACAGACAAGGUACUGAGAGACAGCAACAGGUUCUGAAAGCAUUGUUUUAUUGGGUUCUUGGAUUCAUUUUCUAACUUUAUUUGUUACUCUGCAAGAUUUCUUUUCUUUUCUCCUUGGAUAUGCUUUACGGAAGUUAAAAAGUUUGUGGAUAUAUGCCGGAGAACCUUGAACUGGAUUUCUUCUUGUAGUGUUUUUGGUGGAUUAUGUAGAGGAGUGAGGAGACCUCAAGUGCCUUGUUUGUGUGUGUGAUACAGAAAAAAAAUAAACAUGACAACAGUUUGCAGUAAUUGGCUGAACAUAUUCUCGUGUAUGCGACAUACAGUUCCAAAAAAGCCAGCUAUCCACCCACAGGUUCAUCCAAACAAACGAGCGUUCGAUGCUAUAAUAGUAUGGAAGGGGAAAGGUGAAAAAGGUACCAAAGAGAGUUAUGGAGGUGUGGCUUAUGACUACAUCCUGAAGCCAGCCAUGGAAUCCUCAUAUAGACCUGUCUCACCACCCAAAGACAGACCACUCACACAUGAUCAAAUCGCCAGAAAGUUGAUGAAGGCUGAAGAAAGGAGACAGUCCAUAGAGGCGCAGAAAGUGGAAUUUGCCGCACGAGAGAAAACAAAAAUCCAGGAAGUAAUGUCAAAAUCAAUGGAACAGGAGGAGCAGUUUGCCAGAGCUGCACACGCCAAGCUUCGUAGGUCUAUGGAAAUCACAAAGGAAAACCGAAAACUCCAAAUCAUGGCUCUCCAGGAUAAGCUCCGGGAUCAUUUGGCCAGGGUGGAGGAAGUUUGUAAAAAUAGUGACAGUAUGGCCAAAGAUCUCAGCUUAAAAGAAAAAAUUGAUCAGAAACUUGAAGCAAAAGAGGAAAACCGUAAAGCUCAACUGCAAGCCUUGCUAGUCCGCCUCAAAGAUCACGCAAAACAUAUUGAGGAAGUUUGCAAGGCCAGUGAGAACAUCAACAAAGCACAGGAAGAGAAAAUGAUAAACAAGAUGGAAAAUGCUCUCAGGAACCGUGAAGAGCACUUGCGAGCACUGCAAGAUCGGCUCAAGGAACAUGAGCGUAAAAUUGAGGAGGUCAGAAGGAACAAGCUGAACUUACAGAUCACCAACUCUGAUUAAGGGGUGUAGCCCCUACCUAUCUACCCCGCCCUUUUACCCUGCCCUGUGUUCACCGUGUCGUCAAAUGCAAGGACCAAAAAAAAAACACAACAAUGUCUGCACAAUUUUAAGGAUUAUUUAUCUACACUGAACCAACUUUGUUUUUGUGAGAAAGUGUGAUUGUCAGUUUUCAUGUUGAUCUCCCUGUAUGUUUUGUUUACAUGGCAUGCAUUACCUCUUUACUCAAGUAUUUCCUCGGUUGAUUGGCAGCUUCUCCUGUUUUAAAUGUUUUGUUUUAUUUUCUCUGUUUAAUACUCUUUAUUUUUUUGUUUUGGAAAUAUACAAGUUAAACAACAUGCUAAUGUAUUUUUUGUACUUUGUUUAGUUUACAUUCCAUAUCAUUAAUUCAGGUAUUCACCAUUUGUAAAAGCUUUAAUUUACUAUACACUAUAGCAUUUAUAAUUCAGCACACGAGAUAUAUACGACUCGGUAUCAUAACCCCUUUAUCACAGUUUUACAUUAUUUAUUGUGAAAGCAUUUUCCCUCCAAAUAUUCAUUAUUGUCCAGUGCAAUGACAGUAUUUUUGGUUUUGAGUUGUGUUAAGAGCACUGAGUAUUAUAAGUGUGGUAUAUAAUCAAAUCACUGUUGUUAGUACUUAGUGAUGAUGUAGUUUGGUGUGAAUGAUAACUUUCCUUUGGAGAAACAUAAGGAGCCAGAAGAGAAAAGUCUUUAAAAACGAGUUACUGAGAGUAUCAUUAUAUAUCUGAACACUUGCAUAGUUUUACCAGAAUUCUCUUCAUUCUUCAAAGAAUUAUUUUCUGUCUUUAUAUAGUAAAACACAACACAUAUGUAGAGAAUCGAACACAUUCUGAAACUGAUAAUAUAGACAAUAUAAAUUCUUACCUAACGUUGUCCUGUGUUUGUUCUGGGAGAUUCAACAAAAUGGAUGUGUUCAUUGUUUGCGACUAUGCAAUUCUGGAAGUCUGACCAAGAUUUCAGUCAUACUGGUACAGAAAGUUUGAAAGCAAAGUCUGUUACUCAUUUUUUUAAAAAGAUCUAUUUUUGUUUGAGAGGUCUUGUGAAUUCCAUGUAUCUGUUACCUGUUUGGCGUGUAGAAUGUCAAAAUUGUUAUUCUUAAGAAAAUGUUUGGUUGCAAUUUUUGUUACAGUAUAAAUGAAACUUACAAUCAUAGACCUUCUCGGAAAGGAUGUAACGUUUGUAAAUAGAUGUAUUAGUAUGAAUAUCAUAGACUUGCUACCCAGUAGUUGUCACCGGGGGUAUGGAAUUACCAACAGAGUGUGGGUAGGCCUAAUUAAUGUCACCAAGUUUUAGUCAGUUACAUCUCAUUAGAAAUGACACAUUUUAGUGUGUUGUAGUAAAAUAGCUUCAGACAAAAGUAAAGAUUGAAUUGUUAAAAAGUUUUUCAGGCAAUGGUGAACAAGAUUGAUCUGAGAAAAGACACUUGAGUUUAGGAAAACCCUCCUUUUUAAGACCAGUGUUUGGUGGUUUACAGAGAUGCUCAAGUCCUGAAUCUGUAAAUAGCUGUAUACAAGUACAUGUAACAAGUAGUAGCUUAGUGUCUGGUAGUAAAACUUUUGUAGGUUUGUUUGCACCCAGCAAUGCAUACCAGUUUGUACAUUUAAAAUCUCCAUAUAGACAAAAUCCUAGAUUAGAUUGUUAAUCAUAAAGAUGAAUGGUGCUUUUGCUGUGUACAGUGCAAAAAAGUAUGGACAUAACUCCAUUCUGUUAAAACAGACAAAAAAUAACAUCAUAAAAUGAGAGCAAGUUUGUUUGUUAAGUGAAAAUAAUUCUGCACAGUGUGCAAAAACUGCAUGCAAAUUAUGCUUUAUAACGAGUAUUAUUGUCACCAGCUCUUGUGUUGGAAUGAUUAUCACCCUGUACAAGUGUAGUGCUACUGUUCAGUGCUGUUCUUAUACUAUGUGCAAGUUGGUGUUUGGGACCAAAACAAACCAUGACUGCCAUGCGUGUUAAUACUGUGUGUCAACACUGUAAUGUAUCAUGUAAUCUUCAUAUUCCAUGUGAAAGUAUCAAAGUUCAUAGGUAUUGUUUUGUGUGCGACUUCAAAUUGCCAAGUUCUUAUACUGUACUUUGUCAAAUUUUUGUGCCAUUCUUGGUAAGAAAUUGUCAAGUUGAUGGAAGAUUUGUAGACAUAUAUAUAUAUUAUUACCAUGUUUCUUCAUCAGUAUAGCUUAAUUGUGACAAUUUUGCUUCCAAUUUUACAUUUAAACUUCAUGCAGAAUUCAUCUUGUAUACAUGUAUGUACAUAAUAAUGAGCUUAUAUUAAAUACUAGAUUGAUAGUAGAAAGCUAUCUUAGAAAACAUGUAUCAUUGAGUGUUCCCAGUAUCAUCCUGUCGCUUUUCUAGCCAAUUUGUCUUCAUUCAAUUAACCUUUAAUAUUAAUUAUCUUCUAGUCAAAUCCAUGUUCACUAACUUCGUUUGUUCCGACAAUCUGGAGGAUUUCUGUUUCAUAUGAUGAACUUUGUGUUGUCGGUGUAGCUUCAGUUACAUGGAAUUUUCCCAAAGCACAAGUUUUUUGUUGGACUAUACAUAACACUGUGUUGUGGGGAAAUUGCUUUCAAGUUGAAAGCCCCAUUAGCUACAUCCAUGGCAGUAAGUCAGAUGUUAUAAAAGUAUUAUAAGAUUUGGCCACAGGGAGUUGACAAGUAUGCUUUAUAGCAACACAAGUUGAGCUGACAGAAUGAAACCACCCGAUGGCUCUAUUCAGAUUUGUCCUGUUCCAAGUCAUUGUUAUAUGGCAUGCAACUGUGUGUCAUCAAUCUAAGGCUGGUAAUAACAGCCCUAUGUACACCAAUAGAUAAGUCCUGUGUACACUAAAAUGUACAAUUAUUUAGCUUUUGUAUGUUUGUAUUUUUUGCGAAAGUUAUCUCCUUUUUUUUCUGUAAUGAUCAAUAAAACGCUUGGUUUA